AUGGGGAGGAAAAAAAUCCAGAUCUCACGAAUUCUAGACCAAAGGAACAGGCAGGUGACUUUCACCAAGCGCAAGUUCGGACUGAUGAAGAAGGCUUACGAGUUGAGCGUGCUUUGUGACUGCGACAUUGCGCUGAUCAUCUUCAACAGUGCGCAACGCCUCUUCCAGUAUGCGAGCAGCGACAUGGACCGGGUGCUGCUCAAAUACACCGAGUACAGCGAGCCGCAUGAGAGCCGCACGAACGCGGAUAUCUUGCAGACACUGAAGAGGAGGGGCGUGGGCCUUGAUGGGCCCGAGCUGGAUAUGGAGGAGGGGCCAGAGGGUCCUGGAGAGAAGCUGCUGAGGACGCUGGGAGGUGACAGAGGCUCUGCCUCGCCCCCGCCUCGGAUCUAUCCCGUGGCCCCCGCAAUGUCGGUCUCAGAGCUGUCUUAUCGGGUCCCACCCGCCACCCCAGGCUGUGAUCCCGGCGGGCUGGGGGAGGCCCCGUCUGUCCACAGCCGCCCGCCUCACUUCCGACCCCCGGGCCUGGGACACCCCAUCUUCUCUCCGAGCCACCUUGCGGGCAAGACGCCCCCACCCCUGUACCUGGCGACUGAUGGGCGGAGGCCAGACCUUCCCCCUGGCCUAAGGAGCCUGUACAGCGGCCUGCAGAGCCCCAGUGCCCCGGGCCCCGCUCUGGGUAGCUUUGCCUUCCUACCUUCAGGCUCCGCAGAUUGCAGCCCGGGAGACUCAGCUCAGGUCCCCUUGCAGCCCUCGCCCUGGCCACCAAUGAGGGACACGGUGGACCCUGCCCGGCCAGUUGCCCGCAGUCUGUGCGAAGAAGGUCCCCCCAGCCGAGGGGCUUCCCCUCCGACGCCUCCGGUCAGCAUCAAGGCUGAGCGACUGUCUCCAAUCACUGGGACCUCUGGCGACUUCCCCAGGUCCUUCCCCUACCCGCUGCUCCUUGCCAGGCCCCUGGCAGAGCCACUGCGGCGCUCGGCCUCCCUGCGCCGCUUGACCCCUGACAGCUGGCCACGGUAG